AUGGAAGUGGAUCAGGCACCUCAGCUUGUAAAAUGUCGCAUUCUUGCGGCAACAUUGGAAGAGAACGCCCACGAUUGGUUCAGCCAAUUGCCCGAGGCUUCUAUCUCGACAUGGGAGACCUUUGUCGACCUGUUCCUCACGCAUUUCCAAGCCACAAUGACCUAUAAGCCGCCCUAUACUACUCUGGCUAACAUCAAACAGGAACCUGGUGAGUCUUUACAGGACUAUUUUAAGCGUUUUAAUGCUGAAGUAACAAAAGUUGAGAAGGCUCCUGAGUCUUCGCUAGUAUGUAUGUUAAUAACAGGUGUCCUGCCAAGAACCGAUUUUUGGAAGGAACUGCAAGCUCGAAGACCAGAAUCGCUGGUCGAGUUCUGUGCCAUGGCAGAACUGCAUAACAGGAUUGAGAAUUUCCUGGAAGAGUUGGAGAAAGGCAAAGAUAAGCGUAAAUCACUAGUGUCGCGAUCACGAUCCUGCAGUCCUCGAGGGAAGAAUUCCAUAGGACGAAGCCCAAGAAGACGCAGUCCACAGAGACAGCGAAGUCCGAAACUGGCCAAGUCCCCUCCAAAGAAGGAAUCCUUCCCGAAAAGGAAAGGUGGACCACGCUUCGUGAACUAUACCGAGCUAGCAGUACCUCGAGACCAUAUCUACGCCAUGGAAGAGAAGAAUGGGGUCUUCAAGAAGCCUCCCACGAUCAGGGGAAACCGCGACAAGAGAGAUCCCAAAAAAUUCUGUGACUCCAGAAAGUCGCAGGAGCGAUAUGCCAAAGAAGCCAAAGAGAAGCCACUCACCAACGUGAACAACCUAAGCGAGCGACUGGAGAAGUUGUUCAAGAGAGAGUGUGACGACAUCACGUUCAUGGAAAGUGAUGCGAGAUGGGUCCACCACCCACAUUUUGAUGCAUUAGUCAUUGUUGCCAAUAUUGGCGAAGAUAACGUCCACCGUAUACUCGUGGACAACACAAGUUCUGUGAAUCUCUUGAACAUCCAAGCCUUCAAACAGAUGGGGUUGCAUGAGAAGGAUCUGCGACCUGUAACGUCGAGUAUAUAUGGUUUUACUGGCGACGUCAUUGCAUUGAAAGGGAUGAUCAAGCUCCCUAUCACCUUGGGAACUGCUCCUGUAGUAGCCAAGUCGAUGGCUGACUUUGCAGUAAUCGACCAAUACUCAGCAUACAAUGUUGUGAUCGGUCGACCAAUUCUAAAAGAGAUGAAGAUCGUGACGUCAAUCUAUCAUCUCACAAGGAAGUUCCCUACUCCUACUGGAGUAGGUUCUGUGCGAGGAAUCCAGUCAGACUCGCGAGAAUGCUACAACACAGCAAUUAAGCUCUCAGAAAAGAAGUUAGUCAAUGUCAUCUAUCUGCUAGAGGCACCACCUCCUCGCUAG